UUCUGGCCGGGGCAGUAGGAUGCUGGCGACAUCGCCGAGAUUGCAGCGAGUCGAGUGCCAUGGUCUUGCUGAGGCGGCAUGCCUCCCAUGGGGGCGCUAUGUUGAAGACCACACAGGGCGGCCUUGACCGUACUCGAAGCGGUCACAAAACGAACAAGUUUGGCGCCGUAUGCGAACAUCGAGUGUUGAAAAGAAACCGCAUUGAUGCUCGCUGGCGACCUUGCUCGUGCUCGGAGCGGCCAAACAAAGAAUGGUUUGGCACCGUGUGCGGGCAUGUAGUGCUGGACAUCAACCGCAGUGAUGCUCGCUGGCGGCUUUGCCCAUGCUCGAAGCGGCCAGACCAACAAAAAGCAGGAAGGCGGUGAAACACGCCCUCGACGAGCGUCACUGCCAAAGUAGGGGCCUUCCAGCAGGCCUGGUCAAAAGUGCACGAAAAUUCGAACAGGCAGGAGAGAGGAGGGAGGAAGGAUGGGGGAGUGAUGGAGCAUCGCCCUCGACGAGCGUCUCGACGGAAGUCUGGCCCCUCCACUAGCCCUGGACAAAGUGCGCAGACAUUCAAACAGAGAGGAGGGGAGGAGGGGGAGGGGACACGGCGGACGACAGGGGGGAGGAAAAGAGGAACGUGAUAUCAUCAGCGGCGCGCUCACGGCCCCAACUGGCAUCUACCAAACGGCCAAGGGUGCAAGACUCAAUGGCUCCACGGAGGACGGGGGAUGGGAGGAAGGAAGGACAACGACGGCGGACGACGGAGGGGGGGGAGGAAAAAGGGAACGUCCUGUCAACAGAGACGCGCCCACGGCUCCAGCUGGCAUGGUGCUGCAAGACUGCAACACAUCCGCCGUCGUUGCUUGCCAGUACUAUGACAGCGAAAGAGACCAGUCAUCGCAGGCAGCUGCAACUGGAACAUCGGCCGCUCCGAGGCGGUGAGACAGGAGCGCGGACAGGCAGGCCGAGCAUGGCCCGAAGUGAAAACGCUGCCAUCGCUGAGUUGUGUCAUCCAAGUCGCACGGACCUUCAAGAAUCCACGGGCAAGGAGGAGGAGGAAGGAGACCACAUACCCGAGGAGGUCCGUCCGACCGCCGAUCUCGACCUCGGCCAACGCUAGAGCAUCGACAGAGGGAGAGUGGGCUCCUGCUGGGUGGCGCUUGGAUUCUUUUUCGGCCUCCCGAGGGGCAUCGUAACCCUUUGCCACUUCUGCCAACAGCAGAACCCACAAAACGGGGCGCUCGAAACAGACCAUUUGUGAAACAGAUCGCCUCAGAUGAGAGGCAAAAAGAGAAGAAGAGAUUCUGAUCCCUUCAGGCCGAGCCCCCCACCCCGUUCGAGAGAGAGCCGAGAGGCACAGGGCGAGCCGAGCCGCAGGCUUCGGCAACACGUACUCCGUCUGGCACUCCGGGAACGUCCUCGACCGCAUCAUGCAGACGCAUCAGGUGCCUCGAUCGAACCCCCCCACCCCACACGGGAGGCGGAGGAGGGAGGCGGAAGGUGGUUCCCAGCAGGACUGGAUCGUGCGCCAGGCGCGCUACAGACCAGCCAACGCUGCGAAAGCGCGCGCGCGCGCGCUCUUGCCACCAGAGGGCGCGCGCAUCGUAGACAUCCGCAUCUGCCGCCUCAGCGCCUUCUGAGGCGGUGCCACAGACGGAGGCUUAGGCACCGCGAUAUGCAGAACGCGCCUCUGAGCGACAGCCUUCAACACGCACGGGCCUUUGCGAUUUCAAAGGCUACUACAAUUGCUACUACCACGCACAACUACUCCCACAACACCUGGAUCCAAGCGGAACGACCGACGCUGAGGGUCAGAGCGACAACCUCUGGUAAUUAUGACCGUCAGCCGUCAUACCUCGUGCAUCACAUCACUGUACGCGAUGAACGAUACUCGGGGGCGAUACCUCGAUUCAUCAUCUGUCGAUCCAGCUGCUGUGUGCUGUUCGCAGCCGCCGCCCGCCGCCACGCCGCUGUCGCCGCACCCGGGAGGAGGAGAAAGAGGGGAGGAGGAGGAGGAGGAGGAGGAGGAGGAGGCGCUGCAAGAACGGGGUGGGGCUGCGCCCGCUGCCCCUCCACCGGCUGCGCCGCUCCGCCGCAGUGCGCUGCGUCGGGGCCCACGGUUGCUGCCGGCGUGCUCCCGGGCCACCGCCGCCGCCGCCGCGGCGGCGGCGUGGCGUGCCUCGGGGGCGCCUGGUGGCGGAGGGGCUGCUCUGCAAGAGCGGUUGUG